UGGCAGCAUCUACAUUCUUACAUGUAUUCUCUCUCUCUCUCGUUUUAGCCUUAUCCGUUCAACGUCCAAGCUAAAGCCAGUAAGCCUCUGAUAAAACCGGAAGCAGUCUCAUCAAUUAGAUCAAAUUAAAGAUGUUCUUCUCAUCCCCUAUAAUCUACUGUUUUGCCCUUUUGCUUUCUCUUUUACUCAUCUACCAAAUCCUUCCUCCCCAAAUCUCCCUCGAUGAAGAGCUCGACGAUUUUGCUCUGUUUCGAAAAGCCCUUAAACCCAGGAAAAAGAUUUCCCAUUUAGCUACCAAAAACCCCACCCCAAAAAUCGCUUUCCUUUUCCUUACCAACUCUGAUCUCACCUUUGCUCCUCUGUGGGAACGCUUCUUCCAUGGCAAUACUCAUCUCUGCAAUAUCUAUAUCCACGCCGACCCAUUUGCUCAAGUUUCAAUUCCUUCCUCUGGGAUUUUCAAAACCCAAUUCAUUCCAAGCAAAAGAACAGAACGAGGUUCUCCAUCUCUGAUAUCUGCAGAGCGCAGGCUUCUUGCUCGCGCUAUUUUGGAUGACCCUUUAAACCUCUAUUUUGCUCUUGUUUCUCAGCAUUGUAUUCCUCUCCAUUCCUUUAAGUAUAUGUACCGUUCGCUCUUCGGCACCACCAACAAUUUCCGAGCAGCUUUCGCAGCUCAAUCUCAGCACAGAAGCUUCAUCGAAAUACUCUCUCAAGAUCCCAAUUUGCAGGAUCGGUACAAUGCUAGAGGCGAGAACGCUAUGUUACCAGAAGUACCGUUCGAGAAAUUUAGGGUGGGAUCGCAGUUCUUUGUCUUAGCAAAACGACACGCCGUGCUUGUUCUUAAGGACGAGAAAUUGUGGAGAAAAUUUAAACUUCCUUGCUUGAACUUAGAUUCUUGCUAUCCAGAAGAGCACUACUUCCCUACUCUUCUAUCGAUGGCGGAUCCCAGAGGUUGCAGCCAUUACACGCUAACCAAUGUGAAUUGGACUGGCAGCUUUGAUGGGCAUCCAUAUCUAUACCAGGCAGAGGAGAUCUCAACGGAGUUGGUGUACAGAUUGAGGCAGUCGAAUUCAAGUUAUUCUUACUUUUUUGCAAGGAAAUUCUCGCCGGAAUGCUUGCUGCCGCUGAUGGAAAUUGCAGAUGACGUCAUUUUCCGGGACAAAAAGUGAGCUGAAAGUAAAGAUGAUAAUGGUCAAAGGAGUAUAUGAAAGAAGGAAUAAAUACAUAUAAAUAUGGAGGUCUUCAAAUGGGGUGGAGGGAGAAUCACUCCUGGAGUUUGCAGUCCAACCAUUGUAAAUAGUAAUAUUACAACAUAUUUUAUUUUCUUGUUUCUUCGGCUCAAAUGGUGAGUGUAUAAUGUGAUGUUUUGUAAUUGAAAAAAAAUUGUCACUGCAUAAUGAAAUUAAUAAUUUUUUUAU